AUGAUUGGAAACCUUCACCAAGCUCCCCGCCAAAAGGCAUGGGAAGUCUACAAACAAUGGUCCGAUCAAUACGGCCCGAUCAUGAGAGUCAACAACGGGGGCAACAUCACCAUUAUCGUCUCCUCGCACCACAUCGUCGAGACCUUCCUGGCAAAGCACAACGCCGUCUUCAGCAGCCGCCCGCAGCUGCUCGUGCUCGAGCGCGCGCUGUACGGCUUCACGACCCCGGCCCUUCCCUACGGGGAGAAGUGGCUGACGCACCGCGCCCUCCGCGGCGCCGUGCUCAAGCCCACCAUGGCGGUGAAGUACCGGGGCAUCAACGACCUGGAGUCCAAGCAGCUCCUGCAUGAGCUGCUGACCAAGGGAGACUGCUUCACGGAGUGCGUGCGCCGGCAGGCUGCGAGCCUGUUCCUGGGCAUCGCCUACGGGCACCGCUUCCCCGAGGAGACGGCCGAGAUCCUGGAUAUCGACCGCGCGGUGGCCCAGCUGGGCGGGAUCUCCGAGUCGAUGUUUGCGGGCACCGCCAUGCUGCGCGAGUUCUUCCCCAUCUUGAAGUAUCUCCCGGGGAAUGACAAGUUCCUCAAGCAGCUGGAUGAUGUUGGGGAGCGGCUGGCGAAUAUCUAUGUGAAGCGGUUUCGGGAUGGGCUCAGCACGCCGGCGUGGAACUGGGCCAAGGAAUACGUGUCACGGCCCGAGGCGAAGGGGAUGAGCGAGCUGGAGCUCUCGUUCUGCAUCGGCUCGACCUACCAGGCUUCGCUGACCCCGUAUGAGAUCCUUCGCAUCAUCGUCCUGGCGGCCAUCUUCCAUCCCGAUGAGAUGCGCCGCCUGCAACGGGAGAUUGAUGCGGUAGUUGGUCCCGACCGGCUGCCGGACUGGGAGCACAGAGACCGCAUUCCCUGGGUGAUGGCGUUCGUCUACGAGGCGCUGCGGUGGCACGCCUUCUCGCCGCUGGGAGCGCCGCGCGCCAUCAGCAGCGAUAUCGAGUACAACGGCUACUUGCUGCCCAAGGGGGCGACGCUGGUGCUGAAUCAGUGGGCCAUGGACCACGAUGAGAACGUCUAUGAUGAUCCUUUCACGUUCCGUCCGCAGCGCUGGAUUGACAACCCCGAUCUGCCCCAUGUGAUUUUCGGCUUUGGGCUGCGCGGAUGUCCCGGCCAACAUCUGGCCCGCGAGCACUUGUUCAUUAACACUGCGCGCCUCUUCUGGGCCUAUGACUUUGGCCAUGCGUAUGAAAAUGGUAAAAAGGUGGAAUUGGAUCUAGAUGAGCUGAUGCAGCCCCGUGGUGGGGGAUCGGCCUUCAAUCAGGUGCCUUCUUUCCCGGCGUCGGUGGUCAUCCGAAGUGAGAAGCGUAAGGAAAUUGUCGACAAGGCGUGGGAUGCGGUGGAGAAGGAUGAGCAGAAAAUUCUAGCUGAGGUAAUGCCGCUGAAGGUGUGA